AUGAACUUCAAAUGUAAACCUUGUCUUUUUUACGGCCUACUUAAAAUACACAAGAGCAACAUAAUUAAGGAAGCCUGCAAACAAUCAUCAGGUAAGGACUUAACUUUAAGGCCCAUUAUAGCUGGCCCAGCCUGUGAAAUUCACCGCCUAAGCAAUUUUCUAGACAUCCUACCGAAACCCUUGCUGAAAUACAUCAAAAGUUUCAUUAGAGACGAUUUAGACAUGCAAGAACACCUACCAAAAGCAAUUAAGGAAGAAGCAUUAUUGGUUUCCUUCGAUCUUAUCAAUCUUUACACCAACAUCCCACAUGACUAUGGAAUAAAAGCAAUCAAAUUCUGGUUGGAAAAGUACUCCGAAGUCCUCCCGGGACGCAUAAAUCAGAUCUUUAUUAUCGAAUAUUUAAAAUGUAUACUUCAGAACAAUUAUUUCCUAUUUCAUGACGCAUACUAUCGUCAAAAAUGCGGAAUUGCGAUGGGAACGAAAGCAGCUCCUGUUCUUGCGAACCUGACA